AUGAAUUUAGACGAUGUCGCCGGAGAGCCGUGGAAUUGUCUAAAGUUUCCCAGGCUAUCUGGUAGUUAGCCUCGGAAAUUCCUGACGUUUGAAUCACGCGGGCAGCAGCGUAGUGUUAUGUAGCAGGAAGUGGAAUCGCUGAACGCCAGAGAGAGAAUCGUUUUUUAUGAAUUAAAGAUAGAAAACUCGUCGCGGAAUCUGAUUCAUUCACUGUAAUUAGCAUCGAAAGAUGGCAGUCGAAUAGUUGGCAGUUUGACUCAAUAGCUACAAAAGAAGCUGAGGCUAAUAACGACUUAGAUUCUAGAGAAAAAAAGUCUAUUUUCCACACUAAACUAAGAGUGCUUACUCAAAAAGCUUCAAUAUACUCGAAUACAACACAGCAAUUUUUGCAAUUCUAUUUAGACACUCAUAGGAGAGGACUGACAUCCGACAAAUUAAAAAUUGAACCUGAUUUGCAUUUUACAUAUACUAAAAUACUGAAAAGAAGUUUCAUAGCCUAGUAGAAACCUAUUACCUUAUGUAAAAUACACAAAAUUUGAGAUAAUAUCAGACCAAAUUUUGUAGAAGUGAAAAAGCAUACAUUCAUAAAUGCGAAUUGAAGCGAACCAACGUAUAUUUUAUCUAAUUAUAGGACUAAUAAAUGGAAUCGCAUUUAAGACAUCGAACUCCGACAUACGUAAGAUGGCACGGCAUCCAACAGACGGCAAUGGAGUCUAUCUAACAAUGGAGUCUACCUGGAGAAUCAAGGCCAUCGGCAUAUCUUUGAAUUCUAUUUAGAAACUCAAAUGAACGCUAAACUGAACAUCUACAAAACCAAUUUAAGCAGUUUUGACAUUACGAGGAAAAAGCGAUUAAACAAAAAAAUGAGGGCAUCCUCAAACAAAACAAUUGGAUUAUUCUACUUAAUCCUAAUCCCGGAUUAGGCUUUAAGACUAGCACACACAAAUUAACCAUUUAGCCACUAUGAAGCAAAUGGUGACCUUGAUCAUUCCCAGAGAAAGAGAAGAGGUUCUCACACCGAAACACAGAAAUGUUCCACAAUGAGACCAGGAAUAUGACAGAGUUCUACAAUAUACAAAAAUAUUCCUGAAAAAAUGAAAACAUACAAGACAUUUAAAUCAUUGCAAGAAGCAACCAGAAGCGGAAAAGCCUCAGUGGUCAUAUUCAUAGAUAUAUCCAUCUUUCCGGAUAUUUUAAUUAAUAGAAGUGACAAAGAACUUCCUCUCUUACGUCAAAGAGAUCUAGUCAAUUUUCACACGUGGACAUUGGAUUGCAACAGCAUCUCACCAGGUUUCAAUAGGAAAUAAGGAAAUUCCCUAAGAUAAAGUUCUUAAUCUAUAGUUCUUAGUAAACAUCUCCAACUCAAUCAGAAUCAUUCAAUACACAGAUAAUAUUGAUACCGGCUUUAGAUUUACAAUAAGCAAAAAUUAUUAUAAUUUCGUUCUGAAGCGCACAAUUCUAUAGGGAGCAAUAAGGAAUUCACAAAAUUUCUAACAAUGUAUAUAGAUCAAGCUUUGAACUUUGAUAUCCAUAUAAAUGAUGCGUAUACAAAAAUAAGAAAACGUGACCAAAACCAUUCGUACAUAGAGCAAAGACGGAUUCAUGUUAUACAAAAGAUGAAAGAUAGAAUACAGCAUUACCUAGCUAGUAAAACCUAUAAGAAUAAAAUAGAAAAUGUUCAAACAGCAACUUGUUCUUGUUUAGGAAAACCAGGCUAGUAAAUGCUACUCUAACACGUCAAACUCCUUCGAUUUCAGCAAAGAGUUAGAUAGCAUAGGUCUUGAAUAUUUCAUAAUCGCAUUAACUAUUGUCAACCAGUUCUUAUUAACUACAAAAGCACUUGUGCCAGCCUUCUAAAAAAUCUCCUGAGAUCCAAGCUUUCCUUGGAGAAUACCGCUUUACAUCGAUACUAAUCUGCAAUCUAUUCAGAUUACUCUCUUCCAACCACCUUUACUCAACUCUUCCACUUUAUACUAGUGCUUUGAAUAAGUCAAUUUAAAUAGGUCAAACUCUAAAAGCUAGCAGAAAUAUCAAUCAGGCUUUGAAAAUCUUGUCCAAUUUAAAUGUUCGAUCUUUCACAAAUGGAUCAAAAUCUUCUAACAACUCAAGAGUGAGAGCAGCAUGAUUCUACCUUAGUCUCCACAUUGCAGAAGCAAUUAGUGUUACUAAUCAGACCUUCAGUUUCACAGCUGAAAGUAUUACCAUCAAGUAUAGCUUUGAAAACACCACAGAUAAAUCCUUUGUGCUGUGCUCUGAGGCGCUCAGUGUUUUACAAGCCAUCAUGAAUCCAAACAACCAUAAAAAAUCCCUUAUAUUUGCAAUCUCAAAAGAAAAAUAGCUUCACAAACAGUUCUUCUUCAUUAUUCAAUAAACCAAUGAUUUAAAGUAGGUAUCAAUAAUAAUAAACAAAUAAUCACAAUUUGGAAUACCGUGGAAAAGAUAAAAAAAUUAUUAUUUAUACAUAUUUGAUUAUUUAUUUGAACUAUUAAAAAAAAUUACAAAUAAUUAUAUACAAAAAAUAUAUACUAUAGACAUGUAAUAUAAUAUGUAAUUACAUA